AGUAUGGGUGAAGCUUCCCUUUGGAUCUGCUGAAUGUCAUCUGUGUAUGUUCUGCUGCAUGAAAAGAAUGGGAGUGUGCCAUUUGAAGGCACAGAACAGAACGCUCAAAAUGGAAGCCCUGAGUUUGAGUGGUGAAAGUUUGUAUGACCUACUUAAUUACAGUAAUUAUAGUGACGACAUUGGUGACCUUAGCCCUGAUGCAGCACCCUGCAGACUCGACAGUACCUCAGCUGUGCUAGAUUACUUUGUGGCAUUCUUCUAUGUCCUGGUAUGUCUUCUGAGCCUGGUGGGCAACUCCUUAGUGGUGCUGGUGGUCGCCUACAACAAAGGAAACCGCUCUGUUACGGAUAUAUAUCUCCUGCACCUAGCCAUUGCUGAUUUGCUCUUUUCAGUCACUUUGCCAAUCUGGGCUAUCUCCCGAGCUCAUGAGUGGAUUUUUGGCAACAUCAUGUGUAAAGCUACUUCAGUCCUGAGAGAAGUCAACUUCUACAGUGGUGUCCUCCUGUUGGCCUUUAUCAGCAUUGACCGUUACCUGGCAAUCGUUUAUGCUACACGGGCAGUUACUGAGAAGAGGCACUGGGUCAAAUUUGUCUGUGUUGGCAUCUGGUUUUUCUCUCUCCUUAUUUCCUUCCCCAUGGUUGUCUUCCGAAAAGCUUACCUAUAUAACAUGUCAUCGACAAUGGUUUGUUAUGAGGAUAUCCAAGGCGAACACACAUCUGACUGGAGGGUGGUAUUAAGAAUUCUGCCACAAACAUUUGGCUUUAUCAUCCCAUUGAUAAUCAUGUUCUUUUGCUAUGGUGUGACAAUACACAAACUCCUCCAGACCAAGAACAGCCAAAAGACUAAAGCAAUGAAAGUCAUUAUAGCUGUAGUAGUGGUCUUCCUGAUUUGUUGGCUGCCCUACAAUAUCUCCCUUUUUGUUGACUCCCUGAUGAGGAUUCAAGUUAUUAAGGAAACAUGUGAGCGACGUAAAAGCAUUGAUGUUGCUAUUUCAAGCACUGAAACCCUCGGAUUUGCUCACAGCUGCAUAAACCCUAUCUUAUAUGCUUUUAUAGGACAAAAGUUCCGGAACAACUUCCUUAAAAUCUUGACCAUACGAGGUAUCAUCAGUAAAUCUGUCCUGUUACGGUACAGGAAGGGAUCAGCUUCGUCUACCUCUGGUAUUACUUCGACAACCCUCUAACAGCAGUCACUGGAGGAUGGUGGACAUCGUCCCUGCACAGUGUUCUAUAACUGUUACAUUGAAGUAGUAGGCUGCAAGAUUCAGAUACUAAGGCUUGAAUAAAUUAGUGAUGUCACAAAGAUAACUCUGGAAUAGCAGUUGCCAAUAAUAGCCUUUAUUUGAUAAUGGUAGUUAAUGCCAUGAGAAAGUUCUGCCUGCUUGCCAUAAAAGUCAAUAUGCUUUUCUGCAUCCACAAAGAGUUUCCAUUGCAGUAAUCUGAAUAUUCACAAUUACAUAUCACAGAAGUUCCCAAAUCAACAGGAAACUGUUUUGCAAUGAAAAAGUUGGCUGUUUUUAAUCCAAAGCAGAGAACUAUACUAUA